ACAAGAGCAAACGAAUCAGUCAACAGUCGAGCUUCGAUUUGUGUGCAGCUUACUAGUUAGAGACUACAGAUUUUAAUUAGCUAAAAGAAAACAAAUUCGAAACAACAAAUUCAAAAUUUCACGAGAGAAAGCUUAGAACCAAUGUGGCAUUAUUACGGUGUUAUACUUUUUUGAAAACUCAUGUUUCCUAUGAGAUUUUCAAUAUUAUGUGUAAUUAGGAUAGUUAAAUAAUUAUACGAAAGCAAAAUUGUUUGAGUGCAGCGCACCGUUUCUUGGUGAUUUUAAGUUUAAUACCGUUUCUGGUGUUUGACAUUGGAAAUAAAAAGGGAAUAAAAUAUUAUUUGAAUGAUGGCAGAGAAAAACAAUGGGUGUACUAAUGGAGGAUUCACUCAGGGAGAAAGCGAUGAACAAACGACAAAAUUCAAUAUAUGCAACACGAGUGUUGAAUCUGGCAUUAACACAAUCGCACAUGCAAAAGAACGUCCAACAUGGUCAAAUAAAACGGAAUUUUUGAUGUCAUGUAUUUCCACAAGUGUUGGAUUAGGAAACAUUUGGCGUUUCCCGUUCACUGCUUAUGAAAAUGGGGGCGGUGCCUUUCUUAUUCCAUAUGUAAUUGUGCUGUUCAUAAUUGGCAAGCCCAUGUAUUAUUUGGAGACAUUCAUUGGUCAAUUUACGAGUCAGAGCUCAGUUAAAAUUUGGGAAGUUAAUCCAGCAUUCCGAGGGGUCGGUGCUGGCCAAAUUGUUGCAUCAAUUUGCGUCAUCACAUAUUAUUCUUCGUUGAUCGCAUUGACUGUGCAUUAUUUUUUUGCCUCGUUUGCAUCACAACUGCCAUGGUCCGUGUGUCUUCCAGAAUGGGGACCAGCUUGUGUUGAUUCCAGCUCAAAACAUAACAUAACAUUUCUGACAGAUUCAUCUUCAAAUCAUUCUGACGUGGCCAGCAGCUCGGAAUCGUAUUUUUUGAAAUCCGUCUUGAACCAAACACUUGACAUUUCAAGUGGAAUCGGUUAUCCAAGUUGGCGAUUAACAUUGUGUCUGCUUGCCGCUUGGAUCAUUGUGUUUUUGAUUAUUUCAAAUGGCGUUAAAAGCUCUGGCAAAUGUUCAUACUUUCUUGCAUUAUUCCCUUACGUUAUAAUGAUCGCAUUGUUACUACGCGCCGUCACACUUGAAGGUUCAUCAAAAGGCAUUCUCUUCUUUAUAACACCAGAAUGGCAUGAACUCACAAAUCCCAAGAUAUGGUACGCUGCUGUCAAUCAAGCAUUCUUUUCGCUUUCACUAGGAUCUGGUACAAUCUGUAUGUUUUCUUCUUAUAACAAAUUUAAUCAUAAUAUUUAUCGAGAUGUAUUAAUAGUCACUUCGUUGGACACAUUCACAAGUCUGAUUGCUGGCAUUACAAUAUUUGGAAUUUUGGGUAAUCUGGCCCACAAUAUGCAAAUAGAUGAUAUAUCCAAAGUGGUAAAAAGCGGUACAGGGCUCGCGUUCAUCUCAUAUCCUGAUGCUAUCAGUAAAUUUGAAUAUCUACCACAGGUGUUUGCUCUGCUCUUUUUCUUUAUGUUGUUUGUUCUUGGUAUUGGGUCGGUUGCUGCACUACAGAAUGUUGUUGUAACCGUAUUGUGUGAUCAGUUUCCAAGUCUUAAAUAUGGUCGUGUUGCAGCUAUAACGUCAGUUCUUGGUUUUCUAUCUGGUUUAGUUUACAUCACACCGGGUGGACAAUGGAUGACAACACUGGUUGACAAUUUUGGUGGAACCUUACCAAUUUUUGUGCUCGCCAUCUUUGAGAUAAUUGCAAUAUUCUAUUUUUAUGGCUUGGAAAAUGUGUGCAUUGACGUCGAAUUCAUGACAAGUCGUCGAGUUUCGUUCUAUUGGCGGAUAUGUUGGUUUUUGCUUGCUCCAGUAAUAAUGUCGAUCGUUUAUAUAUAUUCAAGUGUCACGAUGGAACAAUUGAAGUAUGCUGGUCUUGAUUUUCCAACGAAAUACCUUCUACUCGGUUGGGGUAUUUUUCUAUUUGCAAUGAUUCAAAUUCCAAUCUGGUUCCUAGCACGUUUUGUAAAAAGUCCAUUACCUGCUGCCAAGGCGUUUGUGAAAAUAUUCAAGAGUACAAGUUCAUGGGGACCACGUCAACAAAAUGAUCGAAAGGAAUGGGUAAAAUAUCGUGAAGAAGUCAAACAACGGGCUAGAAAUGUUGCAAUUGCAUCAAACCAUUCAAGAUUGUUCAGAAUGUUUAAUUUAGCAUUUGGAAGAUAUUAAAUAUUAAAAAUAUCACUUUUAUCAAUAUAGAAUAUAUUCAGUUUCCGACAUGUACCAAUAUAUUUUCGAAAAAAUUUCUUAUAAUAAACCAAAUUGACUGUUUAGGCCGAAAAACGGUUUCAAACGUAAUUAGUGUCUUAAAACA